CACAUAGCCUUGCGUAUAGUUGACAUGUGAAACAUUAUUCUCCAAGUUGUAAAAAUGAUCAUUGACAUGCCAAAAAAUUCUUGUUUCUUCUGAUACCAAAGUGCAAGUAUUGUAUGCUUAGUAGUGUAUAGAAAAUAGAAGAAAAUUGCAAAUCUGAUGAGGAGUCCAAUGACCACCUGAACAACUGUACAGGAAAAUGAACAGAAACUUUAAACUUUGUACCUGUGCAGGAGGAAUAUUUGUUUGCUAUUUCUACUAUGGUGUGCUACAAGAGAGGAUUACUCGCGGGAUAUACAAGAUUGGAGAUGUGGAAGAGAAGUUUGUUUAUAUACUUCCUAUGGUUGGGUUGCAGUGUUUGGUCAACACUAUUUAUGCAAUGAUAUUGAAUCGGUUCGUGAACCCACCGGCCAAAGAUACGACGACACCAGGAUACCAUGCAGCAGUGUCUCUCACAUACCUGCUAGCUAUGGUGUUUAGCAACAAAGCCCUGCAAUGGGUCAACUACCCAACUCAGGUGGUGGGCAAGUCGUGUAAACCGAUCCCGGUGAUGCUGAUGGGCGUGCUGCUGAGCCGGCGCCGCUACCCGCUCAGAAAGUACCUGUUCGUGCUGCUCAUUGUCGUCGGCGUGGCCGUGUUCAUGUACAAGGACGACGUCAAGAAGGAGCCGGCCGGCACCGAGGGGCUCGGAGAGGUCCUCCUGCUGCUCUCACUGCUGAUGGACGGACUUACGGGCGCCAUCCAGGACAUGAUGAAGAACGACUUCAAGUGCAGCUCGGGCAGCAUGAUGUACAGCAUGAACCUGUGGGGAACCGUGUACACCGGCCUAGCUGUGGUGAUGACCGGCGAGCUGCUAGGUUUCCUCAGCUUCGUGCAGCGCCACCCGUCAGUGCUGGGACAGCUGGCCAGCCUCUCGGUAGCCUCCGCUCUAGGACAGUACUUUAUCUUUAUGACGAUCAGCGAGUUCGGCCCGCUGCCGUGCUCCAUCAUCACCACGACGCGGAAGUUUUUCACCGUGCUCGGCUCAGUGUUCCUGCUGGGGAACACGCUCACCAGCCGACAGUGGCUCGGGGCCGUGGCCGUCUUCACAGGUCUCAUCUUGGAUAGCGUUUACGGCAAAACGCCUGCAUCGAAACCGGUCACAAACGGCAAGGCCAAGACUGAUCUCUAGUGAGGCGCCGGCGCGAUGUAGCGAGCUCGCGCGCUGCUGAAUAGAUAUACCCACAGUCCUAUUUAUUGUUGUCCGUGUUGUCGCGCAAUUUCUGGUCAUUGUAACCUCUGAUGAGGCGGCUGAUACCUCUAAACUUCUGACACGUUGAAGUAUGCUGGGUUUUGUUGCUUUAGUUUUAUUCAUUCAAAUGAAAUUCAAUGUUAUUUGAUAUGACACGCUGACACCUGACAUGCUGUUCUCAAAAUUCACAGCAGUACAAACGUUAGUAAAAGCAUGUCUUCAGAAGACUUAUAAAUUAUAACGCACAGUGUGGUGGCAUGUUGUUUCUUAGGAAAGACGCGGCUGGGUUUUUCGGGUGUGGCUGGGGUAGUUGUUGUAGUUUUUUAGUAGCUUUGGUAUCACCUGUGGUAUUUAUCGAUCGUUGAACACGUGUUAUGGUUGCGCCGUGGUUCAGGACGCACUUGCCACUUGUGCCGUAGGUGAACAGUGUGAGACAAAUAGCACCCUGCCUCCCCCCCACCCCCACCCCAUCGCAGGGUUUCUGCUCCUUACGACCAAGUGACCUUGCACAAAGUGCAUGUGAUCGAGUAUCGACACGCUCGGGACGGAUAUUCGCUCUUCUCUGCUGAAAUGUGAAAGGCCCAGCAUCUCUCAAUUUGCCUUUCUCUGCGUUUAUUGUUUUCCUUUGAGGUCAUAAAAUUGAGCCUAAUGGGUUCCAAACAUUUUCCACAUUAGUAACAUCUGCCGUCGGGAGAAAAACCUUGUACCUGGAUAAGUUUUUUUUUUGCUGAACUUUCCAUGAAGGUAAAAAAGACUUAUUAUUCACACUGGCUAUAUAUGUGUCCUCCAACAAUUGAAGUUGCUUCACACCCUGGAGGGUGGAAAAACAAUGAAAUUAAUGAGUCUGGUUACAUGAUACUGUUACUAUUCGGUGACGUCUGUCGUUCAAAUGCAUUAAGUGAAACAUUGGUGUAUUUUCACGGCAAUCGAAGCAAUGGCGAAAUACUCUCCAUGCCCAGCUCGAUAGAAGAGAAGGAAAAUAUAAUAUGCCACUUCACAGAGUAGAAAUAAAGUAUAUUUUGUACUUUCCGAUAAGCAAUGUUAAUUGCGAAAACAAUUUAAUCACUACUGUGCUCAUAAUAAACAAUUGAUUGCUCCUGUGCGCCUUGGGUCCACUCAUCCUUUUUCUCCUAACUUUUCUUUCAGCUGAGGGGCUGCAGACCCCCGGAGGCCCUCCUGGAAGAGGCACCUAUGGGGUGGCAGCAGCGAGAGGAGAUGCCGCUUUAGCUGGAGAAGUUUCGCUUUGUUCACUCCUCUGAUUGAGACUUCGACUUUGGCUGCCCAUCUGUUGCGUCCAUUCCCGCUAGACCCUCAUGCCAGAGAAUGGAGACUGGCCUCGACGCUUCUCCCGCCAUCCACAACGUUUGCUCACUGUAGACAGUGUCUCGUUAUAGACAACGAGACGUGAGGUGAAGAUGCACUAUUUGUGUGGUAGUUGAGGAAGGAGGAAUAUUUGCAUCAUGUCCCCGGACACAACACGUUCGCCGUCGUCCCAUAGGAACUCCUUCGCCAUUUAUCUGAAGACUAUAUGCCGCACACUGUGAGCACUCUUCUGAGCCCAGCUUUGUGAAUCCAAUGUUCAUCCGUUCCAUUGUCUACCGGUAAGUCGUCUCGGAGCGCAUGCCUCUGCCUCAGGUUUGUUCGCAAUGUCGAAACAGAAUAACAGUGCUUAGGUCCGCUUGGAGAUGUCUCGGCGGCUUGGUGCAUGAAGAUAGCGAUUGUGAGGUGCCACAGAUUUCAAGGACAUGGUUUGCUGCUUUAUGAUAUCUUCCUCAACCCUCGCUUGUCCGCUGAAGCUGUCGCAUCUGCCGCGAUGCUUCUCUACACUGGCUUAUCGUUGCCCGUCUUAAAACCAAGCGCGCUAAGGAAGAGUUCCUUGCAUACUCGAACAUUUUCAGAGCCCACUGGUAGACAUCACUGUAGGGAACGUUUUCGGCUCUUUCGUCCCCGUUCAGAAACACCGCUGUCUUCUGUGAUAAAUCGCCGCUACCACUUUGGGCUGGCUGUUCUUGGCAGAUUGUUGACCCUCCCACUGAUUUGACGUCGCUCAGCCUCUGAGAUGCCACCUCCGCACUGCAGAUUUCAUCGACCUGCCAUGCAGUCGCCAGGGACGGGAAACAACUGAUGCUUUGUAGCUAACCCCUUCGUUGAUCCUCCUGUGUUCUUGCGCGCUGCACUUUGGCGAGAGCGGUUUCAGGAGCUGCUUCGGUAAAGUGCAGCCUUACAUGGUCCCAGACUACUUCGAGCACUUGGCAAUAAGGUACCUAGUAGAUUUUGGCUAUUCCGUUCAGGAGAUGAUCAUUGCUCAAGUCAUGUUCUGCAAACAGAUACGGAUUUUUCUAACGAAAAAGGUGGUUUGCUCCCAUUUUGCAGGCCGUCGUGCGGUAUUGAAUCCAAACGAGAUACGGCUUUAUUCCUGACGCAAUAGAAUCAACUUAUAAGUUUUAUCGCCUCAAAGUUACAUAUGCCGUAUUGGCACUUCCGACUUUCUUCCUGCGAAGUGGGCUUAUACCGUAAUAAUAUUUUUGUUUGGUUAAGCAUAGCAUAGAUACAGAGUUGAGAGAUUGGAUAAUGAUGUAAAUAAUAAACCAAUUAGUACAAAUCAAAUAUAUUCAAAAACACACAUUUUGGUUUUGUGAUCGUGUGGUUUUGAAUAUAUUUGAUUUGUAUACUAAUUGGAUUAUUAUUUACAUCAUUAUCCAAUAGGUACAUAGGUUUGGCCACUGGCAUUGAAUGCAUCGUGGAAGGAGCUUUCCAAGUUCCAACAAUAUCAAAAACGAAGAAUCGAUAAAAAAUGACUCAGGUACGGGUACGGCUUUCUUUCCUCCCGACGGCGGAUGUAUUGUAGCAAACAAGGUGCCUACAAGCCUCUAGGCGUCCCUUAUUCUGUUUCUUUUUAUUUCUAUUUGGCUCUGUAUUGCUCUGCUGAUUUGGAUCGGCGCAUUUUUAUAACAGUUUCGAGCGAUCACGAUUCUGUGCUGGGGUAGUUUCCAAGUGUUGCUGCGAACUGCGAAGCACUGGUACCUAGUGUUUGGGGUGGGAUUGACUGUAAUACGUGAUAUGUCCUAAUCACGGCUUGAGAAUCAGCGUUAAAACAUGAUCGUAAAUAUAAUUCAUUGCUGUUCUACGGCGCAUUCUCUAUUGCUUGCUGAAUCUUCUUCAUACUUUUUGUGACGUUUGCCAUUGGCAGCGAUAAAAUUUAUCCAGGGCUGGCAGCCAUGCAUAUGUAUUGUGUGUGCUGUGACGCCUGUGUCUUUUAGAUCACUAUAUCUGAUCACGAUGCCAAACAAAGAUAGGAUGCUGUUUUGACUUCUAUAUUCUGGAGCUACUUAGUCAGUGAAUCUAAUGGGCCAUAUGUGUGAGCCAUAGUCGAUUUAUAAUUCUAUACCUAAAUGCUCAGAAAGUAGAAGUAGGUAAUCCAUAAAAUCGGGAUAGAUAAUUUGUCAUACGAGAAUUACGACGCGCAGCGAUGUCAGAUUUGAUCGUACUUCACCAAGCCAGCUGGCGUUUUGAGAUCGAUAACGCAUCUAGUUCUGUCUAGCGUAACUUGAAUCUCUAUUCAGUUUUUAACUGUUUCCUUGCUCCCAACUUGUCCCUACCCUUCAUAAACCUUGCCUUCAGCUUUUGUUUUGUUGAUUGUUACUUAUUUAUGUUGAUGAAUAGGUUUUGACGAAAAUAUAUGGUGAAAUUGG